AAUAAAAAAUAGGACUGUAACACGAGGAGCAUCCAAAGAUUGUUUGCAAUAUUAAUUUUCCUGGCUCACGUUGAUCGAGAGAAAGUAGAGGAAUAGAAAAAGGAUUUAUCCAAUGUAUAUAAAGAGAAAUGAAACCCGAAAGCAUAAUGAAUCGAUCAUUUUCCAUUAAAGAUCCAUAACCAUGGGGUCCUGUGAGAUCAAAGGUGAAGCUGAAAUGCUGAAGGCUAUUUUUCUUCCAUUCAUCUCAACCAGUCACCUAAUUCCGGUGGUGGACAUGGCGAGGCUCUUCGCCACACACGGCGUGGAUGUGACGAUAAUCACCACACCAGCAAACGCUUCCGUCUUCCAAAGCUCCAUCGACCGUGAUUCUAGCCGUGGCCGCCCCAUUCGAACCCAUGUGGUAAAGUUCCCGCAAGUCCCUGGUUUGCCAGAAGGUGUUGAAACCAUCAACGCCGACACUCCUCCACUCUUGACGAUGAAAAUCAGCGAGGGACUGUCCAUUCUCCAAGGCCAGUACCAGGAACUCUUCCGUGUUAUGAAACCUGAUUUCAUUGUCACCGACAUGUUCUACCCAUGGAGCGCCGAUGCAGCCGCUGAACUUGGAAUUCCAAGGCUCGUUUAUGUCGGGGCCUGUUACUUUUCUCACUGUGCAAUGAACUGCGUUGAACAGUUUGCUCCUCACGCCAAGGUAGAUUCUGAUGGUGAGAGUUUUGAGCUUCCUGGGUUGCCCCACAAGUUGGAGAUGACACGCUCGCAGUUACCGGAUUGGCUUAGAGCACCAAAGCCCUAUACCUAUUUAAAGAAGAUGAUUAAAGAAUCAGAGAAAAAGAGCUACGGGUCACUGUUCAAGAGCUUUUACGAGUUUGAGGGAGCUUACGAGGAGCAUUACAAGAGGGUCAUGGGUACUAAGAGUUGGAGUAUAGGACCAGUUUCGUUGUGGGUGAACGAAGAUGAGUUGGACAAGGCUGGUAGAGGGCAUGCAAAAGAAGGAGAAGGAAAAAGAACAGACGAAGAGUUGAUGAGAUGGCUUGAUUCGAAGAAAGAGAACUGUGUUUUGUAUGUGAGUUUUGGGAGCAUGAACAAGUUCCCUACUGCACAGCUUGUUGAAAUAGCCCACGCACUUGAAGAUUGUGGACAUGAUUUCAUAUGGGUGGUUAGGAAAAACGACGAUGAUGGGGAUAGGGGUUUCCUGGAGGAAUUUGAAAAGAGGGUGCAAGAAAGCAACAACGGGUAUCUGAUAUGGGGUUGGGCACCACAGCUUGCUAUACUAGACCAUCCUGCUACUGGGGCAGUGGUGACUCACUGUGGGAUGAACACUGUGUUUGAAAGUGUGAUUGCAGGAUUGCCAUUGGUGGCUUGGCCUAUAUUUUCGGAGCAGUUUUUCAAUGAGAAGUUGGUGGUGGAUGUGUUGAAAAUUGGAGUUUCGGUUGGAGCAAAAGAAUGGCGAAACUUGAAUGAUUUUGGGAGUGAAACAGUGAAGAGGGAGGAGAUUCGAAAAGCAGUUGUUUUGGUGAUGGGUGGAGAAGAGUGUGUAGAAAUGAGGAAGAGAGUGAAAGUGUUGAGUGAUGAAGCAAAGAAAGCGAUUCAGAGUGGUGGCACUUCUCAUAACAAUUUGAAAGAGCUUAUUGAAGAGCUCAAAUCAGUCAAACUUCAAAAGGGUAUAUAAUACCACUCAAAAGCUUCAAAAGCCGUGUGGAAGAUGUUAGAUCGUGAUAGUUAUCAGCUUUUAUUUAUUGUUAAUGUAUCGUUAGUGCUGUUACCAUCUAUGAUCAGCUUGCGAGAAUAAUAUGCUUAGUUUUUCACUUUUGACUAAUCUAUGUUUACUUUGGCAUUAUUUGGUGAGGUCUUGUUGAAUAUAAUCAGCAGCUUUGGUUUGUUAA